CUCGGCCAACGCGCGUGAAGCAAGCAAACAUGGCAGCUGCUAGCAACCCAGACGACUUUUCAGCGUCUAUCGCGCGUAUUUUGAAUGAAAAACACUGCCGCGAACACUUGGAGGCUCUCCAAACAUUUACGGCCGCGUUGCGGGACCAUACAUACAGGGAUGUUGUGGACAGAGAGUGUUUCUCCACUCUUCUGAAACUCUUAUCCCAACUAAGCGACGAGCUCAAAACUGCCAGCGGCGCCCAUCAGGACCUGAAAUCCGCCGCUUUACACCUGCAGCUCACCACCGAGUGCUUCCGGGCUUUGAGGAACUCUUGCGUGCAAAGUGCUCGCAACCAGAGCCUCGUCAGGGAACUUGGUUUUGUUGAUGUUUCCAUUCAACUCCUGAGAUUCCUUCACGCAAAUUCAAAGAGCGGGCUUGGCAUUUUUGAGUCUUUGCGUUGUGCGAUCCAGUUUCUUGGCAAUCUAUCCGUGGGGAACCAAAAGUGCAAAGAUGACAUUUGGCGGCUGAGUUUUCCAGGACUGCUCUUGCAGCUGCUCAACAUGGACGACGAGAAGACGGUGAGCUACACCUCCAUGGUGCUCCACACGUGCCUGGAUGGAAGCAAAGUGGAAGAAGUGGCCGAGCUGCGGAACAUCCAGCUGGCGCUCAGGGUGAUGGCACUCUGCCAAACCCAGCCCGAGCUGGACUGGACUGUCCUCAUUGCAACUCAGCAUUUUCUCAAGUCUUCAGCUCUGGUUGAAAACAUGUACUUUGCAAUGUCUCCCUGUGAAAGGCUGACCCUCUUAGAGCUGAUCUCUGCCCAGCUCAGUGGCGGCGAGUCGCAGGAUAGCGGCAUCCCGCCCGGCGUGGCCCGUUUCCUCGCCUCCUCCUUCCAGAAAGGUUGCGGAGCAGUGCUGAGCCUGGCCACCGGCUCUGCCUCCAGUGAUGAGGUUCUGCAGGAGGCGCUGACGGUGAUCGGUCUGCUGGACGUGCUGUGUGAAAUGACGUCACACCAAGGGCAGUUCAUGUUCCUCCAGGACCAUCCGGACCUCCUGGUGACCACCGUAGAGCUCCUGAAGGAGGUUCACACCAUCGGAAAGAGCAGCGAGAACAUCUUCAGCUCAGCUCAGAAUUUUGACUCCCUCGUCGACGCAGAGACGGACCCGUCGGGCCAGUCGCCCGUCGUUAGCUUCAAGGCUCACCUCAUCAGGCUUGUGGCGAACUUGUGCUAUACGCACGCCAACAACCAGAAUAAGGUGAGAGAACUGGAAGGCAUCCCCCUCAUUCUGGACAACUGCAGAAUCGACAGCAACAACCCCUUCAUCAGCCAAUGGUCAAUUUUGGCCAUUCGGAACCUCUUCGAUCGCAACCCGAAGAACCAGGAGCUGCUGGCCUCUCUGGAGCGGCGCGGCGACGCCGACUACUCUGCGCUCAGGGACUUGGGCUUUAGUGUGGAGGAGCGAGACGGCAGCUUGUUGCUCAGACCCACCAGGAAGGAUGCGUGAGGUUCCCAAGGGUGGGGCACAGGAUCUCUUGUUCCGCACCGGCUCGUGAGGGAACUUUACAUCUCCCCCGUCCUAAAAGGAGGUCCAAAAAAAAAUGUGCAAAAUCUUUGAAUAAAUACUUUGAAUGACCUCGCCCCCCCCCUACGUUCUACUUGCAGGUAAAAACUUCAGCGUUCUCGCUGCAGGUGUUGCAGCGGACCACGCAGCACCAGUGGAACUUGCAGUUGCACUGCCAGACCCGCGUGUAACGGUGCGUGUCGUGACCCCGGCCGCAGCACAUCACGUUGCAGCCGUCCGUGUGCGCCGACGUUCCGUUGCAGAGUCGACCCCUGGUCCCCGUGCUGCCCGUGACCUUGUCCUCCUCGCAGUAGUUGGGCGAGUGCUCCAGGUACACCAGGUCGGUGUCGGUGGGCUUCUGGUAGGCCCGGCCUUCUUUGAGCCGCAGAAAGGAAGGCUGCCGGAGGCGGGAGGCCUGGACCGGCUCCACUUGAACCGCCGCGCCGUAGCGUUCCUUGAGCAGGUAACCGAUCUCACGGAAUUGGGGUAGCGUGAUCCAGCAGGUCUUGGUGGUGCAGGAACCCGAAACGCCGUGACACUUGCACUCCAGCUUCAUACGCUCUUCCAGGAUCUGCGCACAAACACGCCCGCUUAGUGUCGGGGACCUUUGAAACGGAGCCUUGACUCCUCGGGACUUGGACUCGAGUUGCCUAGUGUGACUUGACCAAAACUCUAAACUUGAUUUAAGUGUGCGCAUACGUACGGGUGAUAAAUAGGACCCGCCCCUCUUGACGGAAAAUAGUCAUGUGACCGCGCAAAUUGACGUGUGGAGAAAACAUUCCCGAAAAUGGAAUCGGAUGGACUCCGCCGCCGGUUACCUUCCGUCCCGCCUCGUUGUUGUGCAGGUUCAUCAGGCGCCGGGCGUUUUUCUUGAUCUCGCGGGCGUCCACGAAGCGGCGCGAGAACUCCACGCCGUACUUGACGUCGGCCGAGCAGCCGCCCCACUUCCAGCCCUCCUCGCGGUCGUGGUAGCCCUGCUUCUGGCGGUCGCAGCCGCACUGGCUGAGGUUGCCUCGGCUGCACGCCGCCGUCACCGCGUGUGCCACGCCGGCGGCCGUGAUGGCAUACGUGAAGGCCGCCUCGCGGCUACCUGAAGAGACGUACGAGAAAAAUGUUAUGACGUGAAUUGACCACUGGGAAUGAAUUCAUCGGUUUUGCGAGAAACAAAUGUUAGAAUCGAGCUUGUCGCUCAUCGCUCAAUGCCACCGAGUUUUUUUUUUUUUUUUUUUUUUACCCAAACAGGCCACCUCUGAUGCUACGUUGUCGGUGUGAGCUAGCUGUGGACAGCGGUUGUCUCACGUCCCACAUGGCUUCCAUUAGAAGACGUCAUCUGGUUUGCAGCAGCAGACUCCGCACGCGGCAAUGAAGGUAUUUAAUUGCCCGCGAUGCCGUAGGGCCACCGUAACGCCGUCAUCAUACCAUCACGGAGGGCCGACUUUUUCUGCCUUUUUUUUUUUUUUUAUAUCAGGAAGCAUCUGGAUGGUCCUUUUGCCUCUUUAGCCAACGGGGACGAUGAAAAGCCACGAUUUCCAAAACCAAUUUUUUGAAACACGGACUCGUAUGACCACAACGGACUUUUCCACUUUGCGUCAUCUCAGGCAGAGCCCGAGCCCAGAACUUGCUUCUGGAUUUUUUUUUUGAUAUAUGGUUUUCCCGUUGCAAGGCUUAGUCUUACUCUUAUUUUUUUUUUUUUUUUGGUGAAUGCGGUGACAAAUCGCAUUUCCUUGAAACGGUCCUUCCAAGCCCAAGUAGCAAUAUCCUUUAUGGACUCGUGUCAGUUUUUAAAUGCGUGGAUGCAAGGUCGUUCGAGAUCUCGCUUUCUCCCUCGAUUUCUACGCAUUCUGCAGAUAUUUCAUGGAUAUUAUGGUUUGUCGAGGAUGGAAUCCCCUCAUAAUAAAUUCCUGACAAUUAUUUCUGGAGAAAUGUUGUUCUUAGACGCUCGGGCGGCCCCUUAGCCCCACACGCUGUAGCGCCGAGCCUUUCAAGGAUUCCCCUCGGGAUGCAAUUAUCAGCCCCCCCUAUCGUCUAUUAACAACUACUUGUCGAAUCUCGCAAUCAUUCCUCGCGCGCUUUCUGAUCCCGAGGCCGAUGUCUUAGCCGCUAAUUUAUGUCAAGUUGUCCACGACUGCAGGCUGAAGUCAUCAGCAGUUAGUUCGCUUGUUGUCCAAACUGCAGGAAAACACAAGUGACAUCUACUGGCUGACCAGAAGAGGGGUUUUUUUUGGGGGGGGGGGGGUGUUUUACUGGAUAAGCCUUCCUGUUAUGUUUUAUGUGUUUGAUCAAUGGAAUUUCUCACACGGCUUAAAUGUCUUCCUGUGUCCGUCUUCGGCGUCCCACAUUGUUUUUGCAAGCGAUACGACGGCGUUGAAAAACUCCGUUGCCGAGCUUGAUUGACACAUGCCCAUUUCCGAGCAGUAUUUUUUUUUUUUCUUUUCCGCGUGUCGCCAUUUGAACUGGAGAAUAAACACCCUCGUAUUUUA